AUGCAGGCCCUGGGUGUGAUGAGCCCACUGCUUCCGAGGGAACCAGCGUCGGAAGACGCAUCUGACUGGGCGUGGGCAUCCAACGGUGGCUGGAUUAGGGAGGAACAGGCACCGACCGACCAAAACGUCAACCUCGCGCGAUUGCCUCGGGGCAGAUCCAAUGAAAAGCAGCGGCGGAGGCUUCGCGAUGGCGACGGCGGAGCAGAACCCUAA